AUGAAAAAGGCAACGCUGCACACUGAACGUCUGCUUCAGACGAACAGGCAGCUUUUAGGUGAAAACGAGACGCUUGCGAAGGUCAACUCCACGCUUGUGGCGUCAAACCGAUCACUCAGUCGACAAAACGAGGUGCUCACCAACGCCCUCACGUCUAUUUCACGGAGACAAGAGGAGUCGCAGCACGCCAUUGUAGAACUGACGCGCCACGUACGAGAAAUAAAAGCAGCCCUGCAGUCCGUUGUAGACUCAGCCACAAAAGACUGCAAGGCGACCGGUCCAAGAGGGUGA